AAUUUUCCCGAAGACUUAACUGCCAGGAGGCAGUUGAAGUAAACUACCUUUCCGCCUAUCCCCUGCUUAUCACUCCAAGGACAUCCUCUUUCUCUCUUACAACCACCAUGCCUAGCCACCACAACAACCACCUCACCGCUUCCCUCCGCUCCUCCACCACCAUCUCCACACAAUCCUUUACGUCAAGACUAAUCCUCCUCCUGACACUCCUCCCUCUCUCUCUUGCAGCCUUAGCUUUCAUCCUCCAAUGGAAAGGGAAUUCUGACUUCAUGAUGGACCCCAUAACUGCCAAUUCUCGUUGGGCCCCACAAGGGUCUCACAUUCAGAACCAUGAGAUCUUCCCUGGCAUGGAGUCGUCAGUUUUAUCGCCUAAAGCUCACAAAUCAUCUGACUGUUCUAGUCUUGGACGUAGUGGGGCACCUUCUUUUCCUUAUUUUCGUGAUUGGAAGAUUGAUUUUCAAGAUGAUUUGAGGCCUAAGAUAUGUAUCACGACGAGUACUUCAGCUGAUUUAGAUCAGAUUCUACAAUGGAUGUUUUAUCAUAAGGUUAUGGGGGUGAUGACCUUUUUUCUUUUUGUGGAAGGGAAGGCCGCGUCUCCUAAGGUGUCUAAUGUUUUGGAAUCAAUUCCUGGAGUAAAAUUGAUUUAUAGAACAAAAGAGCUCGAGGAGCAACAGGCUAAAAGUCGGAUAUGGAAUGAGACAUGGCUGUCCAAUUUCUUUUACAAACCAUGCAACUAUGAACUUUUUGUGAAGCAGUCUCUCAACAUGGAAAUGGCAAUUGUCAUGGCAAGGGAUGCAGGCAUGGAUUGGAUACUUCAUCUUGACACUGAUGAACUGAUUCACCCUGCUGGUGCCCGUGAAUAUUCUUUGAGGCAGUUGCUGCUUGAUGUUCCUGGAAAUGUGGAUAUGGUCGUAUUUCCAAAUUAUGAGAGCAGUGUUGAACGAGAUGAUAUUGAGGAUCCUUUCGGCGAGGUGUCGAUGUUCAAGAGGAAUUAUGACCAUCUCCCAAAGGAUACGUACUUCGGAAUGUACAAGGAAUCUGCUCGUGGCAAUCAAAAUUAUUUCUUAACUUAUGGAAAUGGGAAAUCAGCUGCUCGAGUUCAAGAUCACCUACGACCUAAUGGCGCGCACAGAUGGCACAAUUAUAUGAAAACCCCAAAUGAGGUGAAAUUUGAAGAGGCUGCUGUUCUACAUUACACGUACUCCAAAUUUUCCGAUUUGACUUCUAGACGUGAUCGGUGUGGCUGCAAGCCUACUAAGGAGGAUGUCAAAAGAUGCUUUAUGUUGGAUUUUGACAGAUCUGCCUUCAUAAUUGCAUCAACUGCAACCAAGGAGGAAAUGCUGAACUGGUACCGUGAACAUGUCGUAUGGGGUGACAAAGACUUGAAAUUGAAACUCCUGAGGAAGGGCAUUUUAACUCGCAUAUAUUCUCCCAUGGUCAUAAUUCAGGGCUUAAGGGAGUCAGGCGUCUUCAGCUCUGUUAUUGAAUCCGCUCCAACAACACUUUCAAGGGACAAGUUUUUAGCAUCUGUGGAUAGUAGUAACUCAUCAAGAGCAGUUGCCUCCGAAUCAAUGCUUUCAAGAAAGACCAACAAAAGCAGAGAGAAUCAGGCAACAGCUAGGAAGGUUUUGGGUUUAGAAACUGCUGCAGCAUCUCAUGAAGCUGCUGUUCCACCACUUUCUCCUCCAGGGUUGCUUGUGGAAGCAUGAUCCACAUUCCUGGCGUGAUUGCUGCUUCUUCUCAUUCCUGUUUUAACGGUGGAUUUUCCUGAAGGGAAGAAUCAGGAGAGAAAAGAAAGAUCAAGCAGGCUUCUCAUCGCCGUGUAUGUGGUCAGUUACAACUGGUUCUUCCCGAUCAUGAUCCAAGCGCCUCUGUACAUUACCUUUAGGAAGAGGAUUCUUGUCCAUUUUGUGUGCGUGGCCACCUUUUUUUUCAAAUAGAAAACUUUACCUGCCAUUCUCAUGUAUAGAAACCAGUCUUGACAGUAGAAAAAGGUUAUUAUUUGUCGUUGGCAGUUCAUUACCUGCCUUUAUUUUAUCAGAAUUUUCCUAGGAGGAAACUUGAAAUAAUAAUCACAAUAAUAAAAGAAAAACUAUUUGCCUUAA